UCGCAAGUUUAAUUAGCUCAGAGCAGAAAACGCGAGUGAACGUCGCCCAGAGAACGCGAUAAGUGAAGAGUGAAUUCGAUUCUGCGUUGCUGUCCGUCCUGUUCGAGGAUUCAAAUAAAAACCUUCUGAAAUGGCUCUAGUGCCGGCUACAAACAACACGGAUUGGGAUUACUGGGACUACCGCCGUCGCCUUUGGCGCGAUUGGGACUUGAACGACUGGGACUUGCCCUACUGGAAGCGGUCAUUAUCUCGCGUGGGAUCCGCACCCGAUCUCAGUCGGGUCAUUGUGGGAAAGGAUGGCUUCGAGGCCAACGUGGAUGUGCACCUGUUCAAGCCAUACGAGAUCACGGUGAAAACAUCGGGGGACACAGUGGUUGUGGAGGCCAAGCACGAGAAGCGACGGGAUGGUGACACCUUCGUGGGUCGUCACAUUGUCAAGCGGUUCGUCCUGCCCCGAGGAUAUUAUCCCAACGACGUCCGAUCGGAACUGUCAUCCGAUGGCAUCCUCACAGUCAAGUGUCCGCCGUAUUUGACCAACGAGCGGAGUGUGUACGUCCGCCAAGUGGGUCCUUCGUAUCUAAGCAUCAAGAAUUAACACAAGUCUAUAGCAUCGUAAUUCCGUGUUUUGUUCUUAGUUAUUUUCUGUUGGAGCAAAUAUUGAGACACAAAAUUAUUGCACAUAAUUCUAAGACUAGUAUUGGACUCUUUUUGUAAUUAACAAAGCAACAUUUGUUUAGUUAAAUAAAAUAAAAGUUUAAUUUAUUAAUAAUGA